GUUCAUAGCCCAUUGGGAUGUGCAGUGCAAAUUGCCCUGCAUUUACCCGAGUUCCCGCCAAAGAAAAACCCUGAUCAGAACAUUUCCCGGGAAUUCCCGCCUUAUCUUACGCCUAUAUUCUUCCAUGCCAAUGAAGGGGACAUCGACGCCGCUUCACCUUUUAUUCCUUUACACCUUCAAGAAAAAGUAAUCACACUUUAUUUUCCCAAUUGCCUGUCAUUUUGCUUUAAGCAGCUCAAUUUUUUCUUUUAUAUCAAUUAAUCGGGAAAAAUGGCAUCGUCGCGUCGGCAAAGCAACGGUAGAUCACCUCUCGUUAAUCAACAGCGGCAGAUUACUUCCUUCUUCUCUAAAACCAACUCACCUUCCCCUUCUCCUACUCCCUCCAAACAGACCUCUAAACUCAACCCUAACUCUAAACCUAAUCGGAGCCCAAGUAAAAGCCCAAGCCCCAGUCCGACCACUCCGUCGCCUGUUCAAUCCAAGCUCAAAAAGCCCCUCCUAGUUAUUGGCCAAACGCCCUCCCCGACUCCCUCGGCGCCGGCCGACAAAUCUUACGGCAUGGAGGUUGUUGAGAAGAGGAUUAGGGUUUACUGGCCGCUGGAUAAGGCGUGGUACGAAGGUGUGGUGAAGUCUUUUGAUAAGGAAUCGGGUAAGCAUUUGGUUCAGUAUGAUGAUGCGGAAGAGGAGGAGUUGGAUUUGGGGAAGGAGAAGAUUGAGUGGAUUAAAGAAAGCACGGGAAGGCUUAGGCGGUUGCGGCGAGGGGGUUCUUCUUCGGCUUUUAAGAAGGUGGUGAUUGAUGAUGAGGAUGAGGGCGUGACACAGAAUGUGGAGGCACAGAGUGAUGAUAAUGAUGAUGAUUCUAGUGAUGAAGAUUGGGGCAAGAAUGUGGAGAUGGAAGUGAGUGAGGAUGCCGAGGUGGAAGAUAUGGAUUUGGAGGAUGAGAAAGAGGAAGAGGAAGAAGAAGAAAAUGAGGAGGAAGAGGAGGAAAUGAAAAUAUCGAAAAGAAAAGGCGGUGGAAAGACUGAAGCAAAGAAACGGAAGGCGAGUGGAGGAGGGAAAUUGGAGUCUGGCAAAAAGAGUAAGACAAAUGCAAAUGUUAGUAAGCAAGAGCUUAAGGUGUCUUUGGUGGAACCGGUGAAGAAAAUAGAAAGUGAUAAGGCAUCUAAUGGUUUUGAUAAUGCUUUGAUGGGUGAUGCAUCAGAAAGGUUUGGUAAGCGUGAAGCAGAGAAGUUGCACUUCCUCACACUGAAGGAGCGUAGGGAUGCAAAUCGAAAACGUCCUGAAGAUGUAAACUACAAUCCAAAGACUUUAUACUUGCCUCCUGAUUUCUUGAAGAGCCUAUCAGGUGGCCAGAGGCAAUGGUGGGAGUUUAAGUCAAAGCAUAUGGACAAAGUUCUAUUUUUCAAGAUGGGUAAAUUUUAUGAACUUUUUGAAAUGGAUGCUCAUAUUGGGGCAAAAGAACUGGAUUUGCAAUAUAUGAAGGGGGAACAACCUCAUUGUGGAUUUCCAGAGAGGAACUUCUCUAUGAAUGUGGAGAAAUUAGCUCGAAAGGGUUAUCGAGUUCUUGUAGUAGAGCAAACUGAAACUCCUGAACAGCUGGAGCUUCGUCGGAAAGAGAAAGGUGCCAAGGAUAAGGUUGUCAAACGUGAAAUUUGUGCAGUGGUUACAAAAGGAACACUAACUGAGGGAGAGAUGCUUUCGGCAAAUCCUGACCCUUCUUACCUCUUGGCAGUGACUGAAUGCUGUCAAAGUUCAAACCAGAAUGAGGAUCGGAUUUUUGGUGUGUGUGCCAUUGAUGUUGCAACUAGCAGGAUUAUUCUUGGACAGUUUGGGGAUGAUUUUGAGUGCAGCGGAUUGUGUAGUCUAUUGGCUGAGUUGAGGCCAGUAGAAAUUAUAAAACCCACUAAACUGCUCAGUCUUGAAACUGAGAGGGCGAUGUUGAGACAUACAAGAAAUCUCUUAGUGAAUGAGUUGGUCCCAUCUGCAGAAUUCUGGGAUGCGGAGAAAACUGUUUGUGAAGUUAAAACCAUCUACAAGCGUAUUAAUGAUCAAUCAGCUGCUAGAUCUGUUCAUCAUGUGUGUCUGAAUGCUGCUAAUUCUUGUGAGGGAGAUGGGUCAGGCUGCCUGCCAGCUAUCCUUUCCAAUCUACUAAGUGCUGGUGCGGAUGGCAGCCUAGCACUCUCAGCUCUUGGAGGCACUCUUUAUUACCUAAAACAGGCUUUUCUAGAUGAGAUGUUACUUAGAUUUGCAAAGUUUGAGUCGCUUCCAUCCUCUGGUUUCAGUGGUAUUGCUCAAAACCACUACAUGCUUCUUGAUGCUGCUGCCCUGGAGAACCUUGAGAUCUUUGAAAACAGCAGAAAUGGAGACUCUUCUGGGACACUCUAUGCACAAUUGAAUCACUGCGUGACAGCAUUUGGGAAAAGGUUGCUAAAAACAUGGCUUGCUAGACCAUUAUAUCAUAUGGACUUGAUUAAGGAACGCCAAGAUGCUGUAGCAGGCCUAAAGGGUGAAAAUCUAUCUUAUGCACUUGAAUUUCGAAAGGCAUUGUCCAGGCUUCCUGACAUGGAGAGGUUGCUUGCACGUAUCUUUGCUAGCAGUGAAGCUAUUGGAAGAAAUGCAAAUAAAGUUAUUUUAUAUGAAGAUGCAGCAAAGAAGCAACUCCAGGAAUUCAUAUCAGCUCUACGUUGUUGUGAAUUGAUGGUUCAAGCAUUUUCUUCCCUUGGUGUCAUUUUAGAAAAUGUGGAGUCUACUCAGCUUCAUCAUUUGUUAACAGCUGGUAAAGGUGUUCCCAAUAUCCAUUCAAUUCUUAAGCAUUUCAAGGAUGCCUUUGAUUGGGUUGAUGCCAACAAUUCUGGACGUAUAAUACCUCAUGAAGGAGUUGAUCUGGAGUAUGACUCUGCAUGUGAAAGAGUUAAGGAGAUCGAAUCUAGUUUGACUAAACACCUCAAGGAACAGCGCAAGUUACUUGGAGAUUCAUCAAUCACCUAUGUCACAAUUGGAAAAGAUAUAUAUCUAUUGGAAGUGCCAGAAAACUUGCGUGGAAGUGUCCCUCGGGAUUAUGAGUUACGUUCAUCCAAAAAGGGUUUCUUCCGGUACUGGACUCCAUAUAUCAAGAAGGUAAUUGGAGAACUCUCACAAGCUGAAUCUGAAAAGGAAAUGUCUUUGAAGAACAUUCUCCAGAGGUUAAUCGGACAAUUCUGUGAGGAUCACAAUAAAUGGCGGCAGCUAGUUUCAACAACGGCAGAACUGGAUGUACUGAUCAGUCUAGCGAUUGCAAGUGAUUUUUAUGAAGGGCCAACAUGUCGUCCUCUUAUCUUGGGCUCCUCAUGUUCAAAUGAAGUGCCAUGCUUUUCUGCAAAAAGUUUAGGACAUCCUAUUCUCAGAAGUGAUUCUUUAGGCAAGGGUGCAUUUGUCCCCAAUGACAUUACUAUUGGGGGCUCUGGUCGUGCUAGUUUUAUCCUUCUUACUGGCCCUAAUAUGGGUGGGAAGUCUACACUUCUUCGCCAAGUUUGCUUGGCUGUGAUUUUGGCCCAGGUAGGAGCUGAUGUUCCUGCAGAACAUUUCGAACUAUCUCCUGUUGAUCGAAUCUUUGUCCGGAUGGGUGCCAAAGAUCAUAUUAUGGCGGGACAGAGUACAUUUUUAACAGAGCUUUCAGAAACUGCAUUAAUGCUGUCUUCAGCAACUCAACAUUCACUUGUGGCAUUGGAUGAACUUGGACGUGGAACAUCAACUUCUGAUGGACAAGCCAUUGCAGAAUCAGUUCUUGAACAUUUUGUACACAAGGUGCAGUGUCGAGGAAUGUUUUCAACGCACUAUCACCGUUUGGCUGUGGACUAUGAAAAGAAUUCCAAGGUCUCUCUCUGCCAUAUGGCAUGCCAAGUUGGAAAUGGAAUUGCCGGUGUGCAAGAAGUUACAUUUCUUUACAGGUUGACCACUGGAGCCUGUCCAAAAAGCUAUGGGGUGAAUGUUGCACGACUAGCUGGGCUUCCUGACUCAGUACUACUGACAGCUGCUGCUAAGUCUAGAGAAUUUGAGUCUGUGUAUGGGAAACACAGAAAGGGAUCUGAAGAUGACUUGCCAAUGCAAAGUUGUGCAGAUAAGAUGGUAGCUUUUAUUCGAGAAUUGAUCAGCCUUACAGCAAAUGCAAAUUGCUUAGACACUUACGAGGGUAGUUGUAUCAACUCCUUUACCGAACUUCAACAUAGGGCAAGGAUACUUCUGCAGCAACAUUAAUGGAAUCUUCUGGAUGUAUUUCACGUCUGCGGAAGUAAUUUACCAGUCAUUGACGUUAAUAGACUAUAGAGUAUUUCUUCGGGGCUGCUGGAGUAUUCCUAGUUUUGCUGGGUCAUUAUUUCCCCAUUUUUAGUGAUGUGAACUAGCAUCUAAUCCACAUCCUGUUUGAGCAAUUAAUGUGAACACUACUAUUCUCCAACAUUUUGGUAAAGUUUAUCUGGGAAGGAGAAAUAAUAUUAGUUGGGUUGAGCAACCCCUACGUAGCUGGAAAGGGUAGAAUGGGUUGACCAGCCCCGUAUGUACAUACAGUAAACAUUUUUGAGAGAAUUGAUUGACGUGUUUGUUA